UUUCAUUGCAGCUCCCACCCAAAACAAAACCUCAACUAUAUUAUUGAGCCGCUCGACACCACCACCGUUCCCCUCUCUUCCUUCCUUCCUUUCAUCUCUUCCCUUCCCUUCCCGUAAUCUGCAGCGACACAAAGAAAGAAAGAAAGAAAUGGCGAGCUGUGACUUGAACCUGAGAGCGACCGACCUCUGCCUCGGCCUCCCCGGCGCCGGCAAGCUGCAGGCCCCUGAUUUUGUGGACGCGCCGACGACCAAGGCGAGUGGGAAGAGAGGCUUCUCCGAGACCGUGGAUCUGAAGCUCAACCUCCACUCCAAUAAUAAGCUCGACGGCCAUGAUGCUGAUAACAACAACCACCUCGACACUAACGAAUCGGCCGCAAAAUCCGCUGCUGCCACCAAGCCCCCCGCCAAGGCGCAAGUGGUGGGUUGGCCGCCGGUUAGGUCGUACAGGAGGAACGUGAUGGCUAUCACCACGCACAAGAGCAGCGGGGAGGAAGAUGGGAAGAAGAAGAAGAUGACGAUGACGAGUAGUGCAAGUCCGGCUGCGGCGGCGGCGGCGUUGGUGAAGGUUUGCAUGGACGGGGCGCCGUACCUGCGGAAGGUGGACCUGAAGAUGUACAGCAGCUACCAGCAGCUCUCCGACGCGCUCGCCAAAAUGUUCUCCUCCUUCACCAUGGGGAAUUAUGGAGCGGAAGGGAUGAUCGACUUCAUGAACGAGAGGAAGCUGAUGGAUCUGCUCAACAGCUCCGAGUAUGUGCCCAGCUAUGAGGAUAAGGACGGCGACUGGAUGCUUGUCGGCGAUGUCCCCUGGGAGUAUGUUUCUAAAUCCCUAAUUCCUACUUCAAUCACUUCUGUUCCUGUUCACUGAUUCCAUCUCUCUGAUUAUUAUUGAUGAUUCGAAAUUAUUAAUACAAGUCAUACAUGAUUAAUUAUUAAUAAUGAUGAUAAUGGUCGAAAGAAAAAUAUAAUUGUACAGCAAAACAAAACAAAAAAAAAAAAAAAAUACUAAUCAGCUGGCUAGCUAGUAUUCUUGCCCAACUUGUGAUGAUAAUUAUCACCACUUCACCACCUUCCCUCAUCAUCAUCCUCAAUAUUUAUUAAUUUAAGUUGUAGCUUGCGACAUAAUAUCUUCCUAAGCUGGCACAUUAAGAUUUUUUUUUUUGUGGGUUACGAGCAAUUGUUGUUGUUCUUCUUAUUAAAACGAAAGCCACAGGACAGCUAGGCAGCUGCAGGGUCGAAACCAAUUAUCACAACAAAUACCUGUCUCUAUGUAUUGUCUAGAUAGAUAUAUAUAGGUAAUAACUAUUAACUAUAUGCGGUUAUUAAUAAAUUUAAUUGUCGAUGCCACACAGGAUGUUCGUUGAUUCAUGCAAGCGUCUGCGCAUUAUGAAGGGAUCUGAAGCUAUUGGACUAGCACCGAGAGCAAUGGAAAAGUGCAAGAGCAGAGCUUGAUGAUGGAUGUGCAUGUCUUGCUGAUGAAAUGAAAAGUUGUCCUAAAGAUUGGAGCCGAAACUAUUAAUUGGGUGUUCUUCUUAUAUUUUUUACCGCCGCCUCUCGUUCAAGUAAUUUUAAAUUUUUGGGGAGUAAUUGUGUGACUCUCUUUUUUUUUUUUUGUUUUGUUAUGGCACUGUUUUGUAACUUUCACUUUGGAUGGGAUUAAUGGUACAUAGAUAAAUAUGUGGAAAAGAAUUGGAGAUCUAGACAUUUGUAAUAGACAAGAAAGCAAAACAAUAAACCUAACUGUCUGCCAUGCAAACUCUCGUUUAUUACUAAUGUCAUCCGAUCCCCCACUGUUUUUAAAAUUUCUUGCUGCAAUGUUGCUUCUCUUAAAGGGUUUGUUUGUUGUUAAAUUUGUUGAGUUAGUGUGUUUCAUUUAUAUUCCUUUCAUAUUUAAUCUCUUUCAAUUUGUUCCAUUAAUGUCAUCAUGUUGGUGUUGGGUUUUUAUUUUUUUAAUGUCAAGUGCCAUUGUUAAUUUGUUAUCAAAUGUAAUAUUGUAUUUUUGGUGAGGGAGAGAAUUUAUGAGGCAAGUGAGGUGGGGGAACAAAGCCAUGUGCAUGUUGAUGGGGUUAGUCUCUCAGCAUAUGGAGGGACAUUAUUUUGUACAGGAAUAUACUGGAAACAGUAUAGAAAAAUAUUUAUUUAUUUAUUAAUUCAUUUCAAUAAGUUAUAUAUAUUAAUUACUCGGUUUUGUUGGGUAACCAAGUUUGGGGAGGCAUGCACAUACAUUUAGAUUGGUGAAUGGAGCUCUUGUUUGAG